AUGGCGGAACGCAUUUUGCUCAACGAAUUCAAGAGCUUGUCAAAGGAGAAAUGGGUUAAUAUCGAGUUGCAAAACGAAGAUAUUUUCCAAUGGAAUAUUGGGCUAAUCGUUUUGAACCCCGACUCUCUUUACUACGGGGGAUACUUUAAGGCCCGCAUGACUUUUCCGCGCAAUUACCCCUAUUCGCCACCAAGCUUCAAAUUUACUCGGCCCAUUUUCCACCCUAACGUCUAUAACACCGGCGAGCUCUGCAUCUCGAUCCUUCACGCUCCCGGCGAUGACGAGAUGUCCGGCGAAUCCGCAGCCGAACGCUGGUCCCCAGCCCAGCGCGUUGAGUCUGUCUUGAUCUCUAUUUUAUCUUUACUUGACGACGCCGAGAUCAACUCAGCCGCCAACGUCAGUGCAAGUGUUAUGCUCCGAGACGAUCCAGAGAAAUACAAGGAAAAGGUCAGGAACGAGGUUGAAAAGUCCAAGCUGGAUAUUCCCAAGGAGUUCGUCAUGCCAACUCAUGAAACCUCUAUCGCGAAGCCCGAUAAAAGCGACAUCAUGGACGAGGACUUUUGGGUUGACAGCGAUGAUGGUGAUGAUGACAUUUUUGGUGGAAGUGACUCCGAUAUGAUGGAGUAUUCGCAAGAAGAUAACGAUUCUAGCACCGAUACCGAGGAGCAGCUCUGA